AUGAUGGGAAAACUUUUUCAAAUCUAUUCUAAAUGUUGUCAAUAUCGAUCAAUAUUUAUUAUAACUUUUCUUCUUGUCGUCAUCUUACUUGUUAUUACUAUAAUAACAUCUCAAGGUUUACUUCUAUCUAACAUCCACACAACGGUUGCCAUCAAUUCAAGUACAUCGACAUCUUCUCCCAAUGAAUCUUGUCAUAUGUCCACGGCGUCACCGAUAUUAUGUGGCUGUCCGAUAAGAUCUAGUUCCAAAAUCAUCAAUGGACAACCAUCGAAUGAAGCGGCAUGGCCAUGGAUGGUUAGUUAUGGUCCUAAACGUAUACAUAUAUGUGGAGGAGCACUUAUUACACCAGAAUACAUUCUUACAGCCGCUCAUUGUCUUUAUUCAAACGAUAAAACUAAUCCCAUAGAUAUUGAAAAUAUUAAAAUUCGUAUAGGCAUAACCAAUUUAACUGAUGUUACAUAUGAAAAUAUUUUCUCUAUUCGAAAAGCUACUUUACAUAAUGAUUUCAAUCCUAAUACCUAUAAAAAUGACAUUGCAUUAAUAAGAUUAGAUCGAUCAGUUACUCAAUCAGAUACUGUUCAAAUGUUAUGUCUUCCUCGUUUUACGUCCUAUUCAUACCCUCAAGUGAACACAACAGUUAUGGCUAUUGGUUGGGGUCAUACCAUUGAUCCAUUAUUAAAUUCUAAUUCACAAAUAUCAACACAACUUCAACAAACAUCUCUUCCUGUUUUAUCGAUAAUAAAAACUAUCAACAAUACCAAUCUAUGUUUUGAUCAAGAAAUCGAUUCGCCCGAUCAACAAUUUUGUGCCGGCUAUGAAAAUGGUCUAUCGGAUACAUGUCAAGCUGAUAGUGGAUCACCAUUAAUGUUGUUUAAUGAACAACAUUGGGAACUUGUUGGUAUCGUUAGUUACGGAAUAGGUUGUGCUCAAGCAAGAUUACCGGGCGUUUAUACACGUGUAUCUGCUUAUCUCGAUUGGAUUCAUGAUCGAGUUCGAUAUUAA